GGGCCGCCGUUUUUCCCAUAACCCCCCGCGCGGGGCGCGCACCUUCCUCUGCCUCCCUCCGUCGCCGCUGUCAUGGUGGGCCUUAUCCGCCAUAACCGGGACCGGAAGGUUCGGCGCCGGGAGCCGAAGAGCCAGGACAUUUACCUGCGGCUCCUCGUCAAGCUCUACCGGUUCCUGGCCCGGCGGACGAACUCAGCCUUUAACAAAGUGAUCCUGAAGCGGCUUUUCAUGAGCCGGACGAACCGGCCGCCCCUCUCCCUCUCCCGCAUGAUCCGGAUGAUGAAGCGGCCGGGGCGGGAGGACAAGACAGCCGUGGUGGUGGGGACCGUCACCGACGACAUCCGCAUCCAGGACGUCCCCAAACUCAAGCUCUGCGCCCUGCGGGUGACGCGGGGGGCUCGCACCCGCAUCCUGCGGGCGGGGGGCACCAUCCUGACCUUCGACCAGCUGGCCAUGGCCUCCCCCAAGGGCAAGGGCACCGUCCUGCUCUCCGGACCCCGCAAGGCUCGGGAGGUUUAUCGGCACUUUGGGAAAGCGCCCGGGACCCCCCACAGCCACACCAAGCCCUACGUGCGCUCCAAGGGGCGGAAGUUCGAGCGGGCGCGUGGGCGCCGGGCCAGCCGGGGCUACAAGAACUGAGACCCCAAUAAACCGCUGUGUGCCCCC